AUGGAAGGAGAGAUCAAGAACUUAGCCAAGGUAUGGAUUGUAGUCAUUACAUGUUUGAGCUAUUGUUAUUUGAUAACGUCAAGAAUCCCAAAGGGUAUUUUAAGGCUCAUCUCCCUCCUCCCAAUCUUCUACCUCUUCAUUACUCUCCCUUCAAGCCUCUCCGCUGUCAAUCUCACUGGUUUCACCUCUUUCUUUCUCGCAUGGCUUGCCAACUUCAAACUCCUCCUCUUUGCCUUUGGUCAAGGCCCCUUAUCUCAACCCAAUAAACUCUUCCAUUUAAUCUUGGCAGCUUCUCUUCCCAUCAAAAUAAAACCAAACCCAACUCCCAAAUCCAAAAAUGACAUAAACCCAUCUCCCCAAAUCUCCAAUCCAUUCGAAAAAUCACAUCAAGUUUCUAACUUUAUCAAAAUAGUGAUCAAAAUUGUACUUGUAGUUAUGUUACUUCUAGUCUACGGCUAUCGUCAAUAUAUACAUCACAAGGCAAUCUUAGUCCUUGAUUUUUACCGAGUGUGUCUUUCACUUGAAAUUGGCCUGGCAAUGUGUGCCACCCUAGCUCAUAUUUUUGGCUUUGAGGUCGAGCCACAAUUCAAUAAACCGCAUUUAGCCACCUCACUACAAAACUUUUGGGGUCGUAGAUGGAACCUUAUGGUCACAGAUAUUCUACGCCUUACCGUAUAUAAUCCAGUACGACGUAUAUUUGGCCGUAUAAUCAGAGAAAAGUGGACUCAAUAUCCAGGUGUCAUUAUUACAUUUGUUGUCUCGGGUUUUAUGCAUGAGAUGGUUUUUUAUCAUCUUUUACGUGUGCAUCCCACGUGGGAAGCGAUGUGGUUUUUUGUCCUACAAGGGGUAAGUGUAACUGUUGAGAUUUUCAUUAAGAAGAACUUAGCCACUCAGUGGCAAUUGCCCUCGGUGGUUUCAAGGCCGUUGGUGGUGGUGUUCCUGGUGGUGACUGUUAUCUGGUUGUUUUUCCCUCCUUUGGUAAGAAACAAUGCUUUUUAUAAAAGUUAUGAAGAGUACUUAAUUAUUGUAAAUUAUAUAAAAAGAGUGUUAAGAAUGUAAUAAUUAAGCCAAGAGUAAGGUUUAAUUGGAAGUGUUUGCGCCCAAGAAAGAUAGAUA